UUUUUUUUUUUACGGGUCUGCGUAAUCUUCUGGUGACGUUCAUGUUUCCCGAGGGAAACUCGGAGAACAAUUGUUUCUUUCCAUGCUGUACUUUCGCUCUUGAGUUGAAAAUAGGAUCUUUAGCCUGGGGGUUUAAAGGUUGAAUAUAACUCAAGGCAAGGCACAGAUUAAAGCUGGAAUAUGCCUGACCCUUACAGAGGCAGAACAAGAAUGUAAAUAAUUUUGCGAAGCUAAAAAAGCAGUUUGCAAUCUUUCUGCAAUUUUCCUAGAGGUUUUUUUAUCAUCUAAAGACUGAAUAUGGACCCUGAAACCGAAAUAAAGAAGCAAGUAAACCCCUUUUACUGCAAUAUAUGCAAAAUCUGGUGUUCUUCUGCAUUAAACUUGCAGACUCACUUCAUUGGAGGGAAACACAAGAUGGUUGAAGAAGCAUUGAAAGCUCACGGCAUUGGUAAACGCAAGGCUGAAGAAGCAUUGAAAACUCACAGCAUCGAAAGAUGUUUAGGGAAGAAAGUGAAAAUACCUGGAAGACUUCCUGAUUUUGUGCCACUUGAGACAGAGARCAUUCAUGGACAGACAUUGGAAGAACAGCUUAAUACGUGUAAAGAUUCAGAACCUGCACUUGGACUUAAUUAUAUAAUAGAAUACCGAUCAGAAGCCAAUGUUCCUUUUCUCUAUGAAUGUCAACUAUGCUGCUGUAAAGCAGGACUGAGUAACAUGUUCAUGCAUGUUUGUGGUUCCAAGCACAGACUGGCAUACUUGAAACAACAUUAUCCAGAGAUAGCACAGUCUGAUGAAUUUAAGGGUAAAGGCUCUGAACUGAACAAAAGAGUUAGGCAAGUUGGAUUAACAAUUGAGAAGAAAGAAGGGAGAAAACAAAUACAGGUUGUUAAAGGUGCUCCAACAAUGAGGAGGAAAUGGCAAGAAUUUCUUCAUUCAGAUGACAACCCUUCAAAAGCUAAAGUUCAGCAUGUGGAUACAGCCCUUAGUAACACAGAAAAAACAGAUAAUAAAAAUAAAGAUGGGAAACUGACAGACCCUACUCAAGAUGAAAAUAAUGUUCAAGAAGAAAAUGAAAAGAGUCAGAAAGAACAGGCAAAACUAGACAAAAGGAUUGAACCUAAUAAUGCUAUUGAAAGCAGCAAAGGCAACAACUCAGAAAGGUGUGAGAUCAAUAAACAAUCGGAGGAAGAAAACAAGGAACUUGAGCAAGAAUUUACAGCAAAUUCUGAAGAAUUCACUAGUCAAGAAGAACUGUUGGGUUAUUUGCGAAGUUUUGAGAUACUGAAUGAAGAUGAUGCUUCAUUUAUCCUGAAAGUUACACAGACUCUCACAAAUGCACUGGUGGAAUAUCGUCAGCAGGCUGCAUCAAACAAGGACCACUCAGAUGCUGGAUAUAAUGGAGAAGCAGCAUUGGAAUAUUGCACAGAACAGUCUGACCCAACUUCAGCAGAUAUUAGUGACUCUGACACUGACUACUCAAGCAGCCGAUCAGCUAAGCAAUUCKUAUCGGUCAAUGAAGAUGAACCCCAAAACUUUUCAACUGCCUCUUUGGAAACAGCAUGUGAGAGCAACAUCACAACUGAAUUUUUGAACAGUGUAAGAAAUAUGAAUGCUGAGGAAGUKUCUGCCACCCUACACAGAAUAGCAGCAUCAAAUCCAGCUUUCAGAGGAAUUGAUAUUCCGAAUGUUAUAAGGAUCCUGACUGAAAGUGGAACUCUGAGGGGACCAAGCAAUGGYAGCAUACAGUGACAUGAUAGUUAAUAGAGAUAAUGUAGCAAUGUUUACUUUCUGUAAGUUUGUUGUUUACUUCAUAUGACCUCAAUUGAGUUUAUUUUGUUAUGUUUAAGUUUUGUAAAGUGUUUUUUAAAUUAAAUUAAUAACUUGGUCUUGAUAUUGUUAUUUAUUUCUCCAUUUAGCUGAAAGUUCUUUACUGUGGAAAGGUUUUAGAGCUCAUGUUUCUUCUUUCCAAGUUAAAACAGAUUUUUAACAGUGAUAACUUGUUUUCUUCAAUAUUAUUAAAUACUSUAUCUUGACAGUCUGAUCUUUUCUUAUUGUUGGUACUUUUACAAAGAAUUAUCAACAGAAUGAACUACUGCACUCAAAAGUACAAAUUCAUCUUACAACAAAUACUUGGAAGUUAUUCCCUGUGGCUGCUGAGCUUGACUCAAAAGCCUUUGUAAUCAAAAACCCUUUCCUAUAUAAGGGUUAUGAACUGGUCUCCGUAUUUUUUUUAAUAAGAUGAAAAAUAAUAAUAAAAAGUCAGUGCUGUCAGUCUAGUGCUGAGAUGAGAAGUGCCUGGAUUAUAGGAAGCAUAGAAGCUUCAGCAAAGUCAGUAGAAGUUAGGUAUGUUUUGCAAAUUUAGGGAUAUAGCCCAAUAGGUGUAACCAGGCUCUAGUUAAGAGGCACUGAUGUGGUGGCAAAACUAUCUUUUGUCUUCUUUUAUCCAAUCAGUAUGAGAAUGAAAUGAAAGCUGGCUUAUACUGCCCUUCAGGCUCUUCUAAUGUGAGCUUUUACCAACUAAAGUAGUAUUGGUUUAGACUGAAUGUAAAUGUCUAUAUAUUAAUGACUUCUACUUUUGUAGGAUGGUGGAAAAAAAGUUUUGAAUGGUUAUAAAUUAGUGUGCUUGGGRAAAAAAAAAUUAAAGUGAAGUUGUGUAAUUUAAAUUCACUUCCUGCUUGUGAUGCUGGGUAGCAUUCAGUGCUUCUAAUUAGAGCUCUUCAGCUUUGCAGCCAAAUACUGGUAUAAUUUAGACAUGCUGAGGCCAGAUGGCAAAUGAACUUUUUAAUGUUAACUUACWUUUUUUUGAGAUCUGGAUGGAAAUUGAAAAUCCUCAUCUUGAUGGUUUCACAUCAYAUCAUGGAAUGCAAGAUGCAAUAAAGCUAAGGUAACAAAGCAGCAACGAAAUUUUUUAGUUUUAUACUGUGAAGACAGGAAUGAAAACAGUUCACAGCCAAAUUAAAACACUGUUUUAAAGAAASUCUGGGGAAUUUCUGGAAUGCAUCUAAAUCUGUUCUUAUCAGAGGCAGAGAUGGAACCAGAGUUCUUACGGUUCAUUUACUCUGUAAAGGAACAGUGUUAAUGYCUGCUUAAUGAAGGUUAACUUAAUCAGUAAAAAUCUGAAUUCUGAAAAUAAAAACAGAAACAUCUUUUUCCUGUUUGUUUUCAAAGUGCAGGACAAUCUUUGUAUUAAAAUAAUAAAAGCAGAAUAUUCAGCUGUUGUAAACAGCCAUCUCUGGGACAGYAUAUUUUUCUUCUUACUGUGAAAUCAUUCCUAGUGUAAAUAAAGUUACAAUUAAGUUGAAAUAACUGAGAUUUAAGGUGGGUUUUUUUUGGUUGGGUGCCAGAGGAGCAUGCUGAAAAAGAAAAGACCCCUCUAUCUGUAGCACACUGACAUAAAAUGGUUGAAUGGUGUGCUGCAGAGUGCUGCUGCACCUCUCAAAAACAGUUGAGAAACCUGAACUAUGUAAGAGUAUGAAGUGUAUACAUCUGGAAAUGUUUUCAAAGAACACAGUCCAAUAAAACCUGUGCAGCUGUACAAUUGUUUUGGCUUUUUUUUCUUUCUUAGCUGGUGCAAUUAGAGGCUGAAAAAGCAUUGUAUUAUUUUGUUUUUGUAUCUGCCUCUGUUUUGUGAUGGCUUGGUGUGUUCUUAUACUAACGGAAAAUAUAUAUUURUAUAAAUAUUUGUUCCAAAACAGGUUUUAAUAUUUUACWUGUGCCAGUAUUGCAGAGUAAGAAGAAAAAGGCAUUAUCUUUACUGAUAAUAAUUAAAUAAUGCUGUUGACUAUUUAAUAGUAUAUAUUUUGGUUUCUUACAGUAAGAGCCAGGCAGAC